GCUGAUUUUGGAUUUAAUAUCUGCAGAACACAAACGGAUGGCAAAAAACUACACACACAAAAAUGUGCGCAGGUCAUUUCAUCUUCAACCUGUGUGAUUAUGGAAAGAAAUAUCCCAACUGCCAAAAAGAUAGAACACAAAUUGGCAUGCGUAGUGGAGCUGGACGAUGUCCAGGGCUGAAAUAGCAAGGAAAUUUAGCGGCCAUGUUAUGUACCACAACAUUGGAAAUAUCACUACUGUCUUUAAAUAUGACGAGAAAAUUACCAUUAGCUCUUCCUCUGGAGAAGCCUGGAGUUUGCACAUGCGUAUCGUAAUCACAAAUAUUUCCAUCAGUGCUGGUGAAUUAAUUGAUCAAGAAUCAUCAAGAAAUAUGUCGUGCGCAGGUCAUUUCAUCUUCAACCUGUGUGAUUAUGGAAAGAAAUAUCCCAACUGCCAAAAAGAUAGAACACAAAUUGGCAUGCGUAGUGGAGCUGGACGAUGUCCAGGGCUGAAAUAGCAAGGAAAUUUAGCGGCCAUGUUAUGUACCACAACAUUGGAAAUAUCACUACUGUCUUUAAAUAUGACGAGAAAAUUACCAUUAGCUCUUCCUCUGGAGAAGCCUGGAGUUUGCACAUGCGUAUCGUAAUCACAAAUAUUUCCAUCAGUGCUGGUGAAUUAAUUGAUCAAGAAUCAUCAAGAAAUAUGUCUUCGCUUCGUAUCCGCGAAGCCAUUGUCGAAUGUCUCGAUGAAAUCCGAUCUGAUUCAAGAGAGAAUCAGCUAAAAGCUCUGCAAACUUUGGCAAGCAUCACAAAAGUCAAUCCUCAAAACAGGAAUUUAUUGGCACAAACAGAUGGUGCCGUCUCUAUUCUUCUUUCCCUAUCCAAAUCUGCCUCCCCAGCGGUUGAAACUCUGGCUCUGACCAUCCUGUUCAAUCUCUCCCUGAACCCUAAUCUGAAGCAAUCUUUGGCAGAGAUGGAAAACAUAAUCUACCUCAACUCUGCCAUCCUGGCCCCUGCUUCUGCAGAAUCCAGCAAAUUAGCAGCCUCAUUUUUAUGUAGCCUAGCAAUGUUGGACAAAAACAAGGCAAAGUUUGGAGUUGCCGGCACCAUUCAGGUUCUAAUAAGCGCAAUUUCUUCACGAUCACAUGGUCCGGCUUCUCAUCACCUUCUUAGUUCUCUUGCUGAACUUGUGCAGUUCCACGGCAACUGCACAGUGGCAGUACGGUCAGGUGCUGUUCCAAUGCUACUCAAAUUCGCAGAGAAUAGAGAUGGUGAGGAUCUCGCUGGCACUUCCCUGGCGAUUUUGUGCCUGCUCGCGAGAUUUGAAGAGGGAUUGAGUGCUUUGAGAAAGACUGAUGAGAUUGUUGGAUCAAUGCUGGAAGUUUUGAAAGGAAGAUGCAUGUUGAGUAAGGAAGGUGCAGCUGAUAUUCUUAUUAGACUGUUUGAUGAAAGUGAGGGAUGCAUAAGGGAUGCUUUAAGAUUGCCUGAUUUCUUGACAGUUCUGGCUGAUGUUUCCGUGAGGGGUUCUGGUAGAGCUCGAGAAAAGGCUGGUUCAUUGAUGAAGAAGACGAUGGAGGUUAAUUUAGAUAGCCAUGUAGAUGGUAAAUAUUUGAUGCAUCAAUGGUGA